CUGGUCAGUUCGCGACGGCACCCCUUAUUCGAUAGCCCGUAUUAUGGAGUUUCUGCCUGCCGCUGGCACUCCAACGUUUGAUGAAAACGGGAAUCGGAACGGCCCCCUGACUCGAGUUCGUCUCGCAUGGUAUUAUCGCCCCAGUGACGUGAGCGACCGUACUGUCGCGGAUUGUCGUCUACUCCUGGCGGCUAUUUACUCAGAGGUCUGCGACCUCAGCCAGCUGCGCGCAAAGUGCUACGUAAUUCACCGGGAUAAAAUCUCUGACCUCGCUGGCUGGAAGAAACGGCCGGAUAGAUUUUAUUUCCAGCGACUCUUUGAUCCUUGGAUCCGAAAAGAGUUCGAGGUCAUUCAGGCCUCGAGCGUGCGUAAUCUUCCCGACAACAUACGAGAGAUUUUGGUGUCGCGGUACGAAUAUGUCGUCGCUGAGAAGGAGGUCGUCCCCGACCUCACGGACAACCUCCGCACUUGCGCCACAUGCGAACAGUGGUGUGCACCCCAAGAGACGGUGCAGUGCGAUCGAUGCAAACGAUUUUUCCACAUGAGCUGCAACAACCCGCCGCUGCUGGCGAAGCCGAGCCGCGGCUACGGCUGGACGUGUGCGCCGUGCUCGCGCGAGCACGAGGAGGAGGUGGACAGCCACAAGCUCAACCGACACUCCACCCCGUCAGCGCCAAAGCCCAAGUCGAAUGCGCCGGCUCCCAGGGGUCGCGGGCGGCCGCGGAAGGACCGGGUGCAGGCCGAAAAGGAGGAGAACCUGGAAAUCAAGCACUUCAAGAUGUGGCCGUUCCGAUAUUUUGGGCAGUACACGGUCGCUGAAGAUACCCUCGAUCCUGACGAUCUCAUCUUCCCACGGGCCGCUACUCGGGUAGGCCCGAAGUACCAAGUAGGCGCCCUCCCGGUGCCCGGCGACGACCCGCUAGUCGACAUAGACGAACGUGGAGAUGACGGCACUAUUGAGGUGCUUAGCAGGGUCAACGAGAUGUCUGACCAGGAAGUUGCGGCCAUGGAAACUGUCAAGAAUUCGCUGACUCGGAACGAGAAGCUGAAGUACAAUGUUGACUGGCUAUCAGAAGUCAUCAAGCGCUUCAGCGAUGCCUGGGCAUCCGGUCGCGACUUCCUGACUGUGAAUAUGAAAUCCUCGCACCGUCUACGGAAGUGGGCCAAACGCGAGACCAGCUACUCUGACAAGGGCUGGACGGAUGCCGAAAUCGCGGCCUUUGAGGACGGCAUCAUGCAGCACGGCGCAGAACUGCGAUUAGUGCAGGAAGAGCUUCCUUCUCGCACGAUGCCGGAGAUUGUUCGCUUCUAUGGACACUGGAAGAAUGCCAAGCUGGGCGAGGAGAACAAGAGGAUCAAGGCUGCGCGAGCCGCGGGGCGUAUAUUGUCUGAGAAGGCCGCCGUCGCUGACUCGGACGAUGAGGGCUCCAUCGUCACCGAGCUUACGAAGAACAACACGAGCUGUGGCGCGUGCCGCACUCGCGAGUCCGAGGUCUGGUGGAAGGCGCCCAAGGGCCUGUCGUCGAACGUGCUCUGCGAUAAUUGCGGCAUCAGUUGGCGCAAGUAUGCCGACCUCAACAUCCGCCCGAUGCGUGAGGAUCCGGUGGCCAAGGCCAAACCGGCUGAGAAGCGGGAAGGCACGCCCUUAGCACAAACUACCGCCAAGCGUCCGAGAACUUCGAUCUCGCAGAGUACACCACCGCCUCCAGCAGUCCCUCAGAUCCGAUGCUCAGCAUGCCACAAGAAUGGACCUAUUGGGAAGAUCCUCCGUUGCAAGCAGUGUCAGUUCCGAGUACACCCCGGUGCGUACGGUGCCAAUGUCGAUCCGGCGAACAGCGACUCGUGGACCUGCGAGCUGUGCGCGAACGAGAAGAACUUGGAGGCGUCACUUAAGCCGGACUGUCUCCUGUGCCCGCGUAUACGAAGGGAUCCAAAGAAGAAGCUUCUUUAUCCACCACCAGAUACGUAUUUAAGAGCCUGCAAACCCACAGAAGGCCAUGCCUGGUGUCAUGUCCUUUGCGCCGUGUUUAUACCCGAAGUUAGCUUCACGGACGCAAGUCGGUUACGCCUCAUAGAAGGCAUUAGCACCAUACCCCAAUACCGAUGGAUGAACAAAUGCACACUGUGCGACUCGAAUGGUGGUGCUGUCGUGCGCUGCAGCGACUGCCCAGCCGAGUACCAUGUCUCGUGCGCGUGGAAGGCAGGGCACAAGUUCGGCUUCGAGGUUCAGUCGAUCAAGAGCAGUCGCCGAGAGACAACGGUCUCGGUCGACUUCAAGGACGCCUCGGGCUGCAUGGUGCCUCAGGUGACGUGUAAAGGCCACCCGUCGAAUCGGAGACAGACGUACGGCAUCUGCGACAUGAACGAUGCGGGCGAGACUGCGCUGCAGAUAUACUGCAGGCACUACAAGCAAGCGCAGAUUGAGGGCACGCACGGCCUGCUUCGCAAGGCGCAGCGACUCGACAAUAUCCUCAACACCGAGGACUCGGUUGACUCUGAGAGCUCGCGCGCGUUCCCGGACCCGCAGUGCACGCGUUGUCACACCGAGUUCUCGCCGUCGUUCUACCCCACACCACCAUCGACACCGCCCGGCGACGGUACGCCGAGCUCGGGCGCGCUGUCUUGGCUCUGCCACCGCUGCCAUUUCGAGCCUGCGCACGCGGCGCAUGGUGCAGUCAAUGGCGUGGGCACACAUGCAAACGUGAACGGUGUCGUGCCAAUGAACGGGGUCCUGUCCACGUAGUUUCCUGUGUUGCUACUAGUGUUUGUAAUUACAUGUACUAUGGUAUACGGGGAUUUAUCGCUAUGCAAACGAAUGGGAGAACAGAGUACACCUGACAGCAAGGAACAAUAAACAAGCGACAUCGACAGAGUAUAUAAGAAUGGGCCUUGAGGUCUUCUACGGCUUCGUCCUCUUAUAGAACAGUAUAUAGGCACGUUUGUCCACUACUUUCUGUGCCUCCAUUGCGGUUAUCCGGCUAUCGUCACAAUACAACCAUCCACCACGAGAAGAAAUACAAGCCGUAUAGUGGCCACUGCUUAAUGUACCAUAGUGGUUCGUAACACCGUAUAAGUCGUAUCUGUAAGGGGGUAUCUGGGCACGGGGGUCAUCCGGGGAGAGCGUCUGUCCGCCACCAACGCCAGGCGGAAGUGGCGAUGGCAUGUAGUUUGUGAGGUCGAGGCUGCGAAGCGGGAAGUCGACAAAUGUCUCGAUCUUCUCCGUGAAGUGGCCUUUUACGGAGAAGCGCUUCAGGUGAAUCAGCAGCACCGGCGGCAAUCGCGACAGCGAGAGCACUUUGGACGCUCUCCGCAGCUGCUUGCAGUUCGGACAGUUCCUGGCGUCGGACUUCUCCAUCACCUCCUCCUUGACGAAAGCGUCCAGGCAUUGAUGCAGGGUUACUGAAUUUCUCUUCUCCGGAAUGGGUAGAGUGAGAUACAUGAAGGUAUUGUACGUCGUUGAGGUCUUGUGACACGUUAGACAUUCGAGCCGACUUCUGUAUUGACCCUGGAAGAAGUCGACCACCAGACUAUCGUCCCGCAUGCGGUACAUCUGCCACUGCUGCUCGCUCGCCACCUGCGUCGGAAGCUUCUCCAGUUCUGCUUCCUUCUCUGGCGUCAUCUCGAUAUGUGGCUUUCGGAGAACACGAUUCAGGUCUUCGUGCAGACCAUCGAGAAGCACACUGAGGAACUCUUGAGAAUCAUGCUGCUCCGAGCCAGAGAACUGCUUGGCGUAGGUACAGACCGUCCGGCGGAACGGAAGCGGCGUCAGGCUGGGCAUCUCUCCUUGCCACAUGUCUCGGAGGAUGCUAGCAAACGCAUGUGCAAGAGCACCUUUCGUACCCAUCGAAUUGAGCAUGUUUACCGCACUCUUCCACCGGCCAUCCGUGAAGAAUCGCGCAAAGGGUACUGUUGCGCUCAAGCACUGGAUCGUUGAGUUCAUGUAACAUGUAUUACCCAAGUUUUUAAGCCCCGAAGUGCCAAUCUGGAUGUCUGCCCAGUAUGUGACCGGGUAGUCCGACUGGAUGGUCGGCGGCUUCACUCCGGAAUGCGACAUGAUACGUGGCCUGUUGUCUUGUCGUUCCAUUGUUGACGUCGCCACGGCAGGCG